AUGGCACCCUUAUCCUGCCGUCAAACGGGAUUGAGUUGCAUGCUAUUGCUGUGCGCUCAUGUCUCUAUAGUAGCGUCACUUGCUCUUAUCCCUUCUGGCAGUCCAAUUCAUGGACCUGUCGAGAAGAUGACAACGAUGAUGAUUCGCAAGGACCCAUCAACAGCCCAAGAAACACGGCGUCGGUGGCUUUCCAAUGGACUGUCCUUCCUUGGUACUUCUUGUAUUGUACCCCUGAUAGUAUUCCCCAAUGUAGUCAAUGCUGCUGCCACUGUGAAAGAUCCACUUCCCGAAUCCAUUGCCACGGUCGUCUUGGUAUCACCGUCCUCUCGCCUUGGCGUUCAACUGAUGGACGUUGACAUUGGCAACAAGGUGGUGGCAGCUGUCAAGUCGACCGAGCCCGAAGGAAUGGGAGCUACCAAUGGUUUGCAAGAAGGCAUGAUUGCGAUUGGAAGUAAGGAGACCUCGAAAGAUAUUGUCCAGCAAAUCAAGUAUGGACCCUAUCCGGUCGUAUUGCAGUUUUAUAACCUGGCGAGAGAAAUGGAGGCUCCCAGUGCAGCAGAAGGACUAAAGCGCUUUCAAGAAAAGCAAAAGGAAGCAAGUGUUCCAGUAAAUGAUCGGAAAGAAGCUUCCGUUUCCUUCUCUGGAGCAGGUUUGGGUACCAAAACCAUUCGCAAAGGAACUGAUUGCGAAUUGAAGGUCCGACGAGGGGAUACCGUCAAGAUCCGAUACGAAGCCCGAGUGGCUUCUCCUGGUGGACCCAUUUACGACUCUACGCAAGAUAGAGGAGGACCAGUUACAUUUACUUUAGGGAAUGGCAAGGCUCUGAAUGGAGUGGAAAUUGGUAUGGGGGGAAUGUGUACAGGCGAGGUACGAGAUUUGGACAUUCCCAGUGGUUUGGGGUAUGGACGCUUUGGAUCAGAGUAUUACGAUAUUCCAGGAGAUGUUCGAUUGUGGUGGAGAGUUGAGCUAUUACAAUUGGAGCCUGGCGACAUGAAGUUUCGGUAA